AUGAAUGGCAUUCAACAAUACACAAAAGAUGGAUAUGAGAGAGCAUCGAGACACUUUGACUCUCAUGAUUUGGACUUAUCAGUUGUGGGAAGAUCCUUCAUGGUGACAGGAGCCAAUGAUGGUAUUGGUAGAGUGGUUGCCAUGGCAAUAGCAAAAAAAGGUGGUACUGUACACAUUCUGUGCAGGAACCCGGACAAAGGUGAGGAGACCAGGGCAGAUAUCAUCAGGGAAUCUGGAAAUACUGAGGUCCACGUCCACAUUGUAGACAUGUCAGAGACGCGGAAAGUGUGGGAGUUUGGAGACACAUUUAGGAAGCAAUACACAGCUCUUAAUGUUUUAAUACACAAUGUAGGAUGCAAGUUGCAGAAAAGGGAACUGAAUGAUGGACUGGAAAAGAGUUUUGCCACCAACACAAUGGCGGUUUAUGUGCUCACUCGGACACUCUUACCCCUUCUGCAAAAGAGCAGGGAUCCAAGAGUGAUCACUGUGUCCUCAGGCGCUAUGCUUGCUCAAAAACUUAAAGUUUACGACUUGCAGUCAGAGAAAAGUGACUUUGAUGGAGUUCUAGUGUAUGCCCAGAAUAUGAGACAGCAGGUGGUGCUAACAAAGCAGUGGGCCAAAGCCAACCCCAUCAUACACUUCUCUGUGAUGCACCCAGGCUGGGUGGAUACACCAGCCAUGUCUGCUUCAAUGCCGGAGUUCCACAAAAUGAUGGAGGGGAGGCUUCGGACGGUUGAGCAGGGAGCAGACACCGUUGUUUGGCUGGCUUUGUGCAGGGCUGCUUCAAGAAGCCGAAGUGGACUGUUCUUUCAAGAUCGUAAACCUGUACCUGUACACUUGCCUCUGGCUUGCACUCGCAGCUCUUCUGAGGAUAUUGAGAGUUUUAUGGCACAUUUGGAAGCCCUAGCUAUUACCAUACAAUCGAAAAAGCCAGAUUUACUUAGAAGUGAUUCCCCUGAUAUAACCAAUCCUGAAUUUGUUUAA